AUGUCCUGCUACGACCUGUACCCUUCCUCUGCCUGUGGCGUCAUCCGGCCCCAGCCCCUGGCUGACAGCGGGAACGAGCCGUGCGUCCGCCAGUGCCCCGACUCCACCACCGUGAUCCAGCCUCCCGCCGUGGUGGUCACCUUCCCCGGCCCCAUCCUGAGCUCCUUCCCGCAGGAUUCCGUGGUGGGAUCUGCUGGAGCUCCCGUCCUCCCAGCCUCUGGGGCCUCCCUGGGCUAUGGGGGCUAUGGGUCCCUGGGCUAUGGGGGUCUCUAUGGAUAUGGGGGUUACGGAUCCCUGGGCUACGGGGGUCUGUGGGGCUAUGGGGGUCUGGGCUCCUGUGGGGGAUACCGGGGCCUGUAUGGCUCUGGCAGAGUCUUUGGCUCUGGCUACUGCAGCCCCUACUCCUCCUGGUAUGGCCGCUAUGGCCGCGGCUUCUGGGGGAUCUGCUAAACCCUAUGGAAAACCCUCUGGAUGAUGUUGAAGGGCAAAGAAAAAUGCAGAUUUUUCUUCCCUUUAAAAUCUUUCCUGAUACCUCCAUGAGUUCAGUUCCUUGUUAUCUUCUUUAUCAUCCCUGUGGCUGAAUGCAAUGACAGACUGAAGUGUCUUUCAAGCUCUGCCUGCAUUUACAAUCCUGAUGUUACCAUGUUGUUUGUGUACUUUUCAUUCUCAUUAAAACUGUUGCAUCACUGAAAA